AUGAGGUCACUCACCGGACAUCUGUCCUGUGCUCUGAUUGGUGGAGCAGGGUGUCGGGGGCGUCGCCACACAUCUGAUGUUCGACACCUGACGGCUGUAUUAUUGUCUUUGACAGAGACACCUGCGGCUCCGUCUGUGUCUCCUCGGAUCUCCUGUGAAUCAGGUUCAGGUCUGAAGGCCGUUCACACAGCGCCUGUGUGUUUAAUGCGGUUCUGCUCUGAAUCAGAGCUGCUGAUGAAGGAACUGAGAGCGUGUGUGGAGAUCAUCGCUAAGGAGGGUCGGAGUCUGAAGGAGCUCUAUCUGGUGUCCUGCAAGAUCACAGAUCACGCUCUGAUAGCCAUCGGUCAGUACAGCAGCACCAUUGAGACGGUGGAUGCCGGCUGGUGUAAGGAGAUCACGGAUCAGGGAGCCACUCAGAUCGCCAGGAGCAGCAAGUCUCUGCGGUACCUGGGCCUGAUGCGCUGUGACAAGGUGAACGAGGAGACGGUGGAGAGACUGGUGCUGCAGUAUCCACACAUUGUGUUCAGUACAGUGAUGCAGGACUGUAAGCGGACGCUGGAACGAGCCUAUCAGAUGGGCUGGAGCCCCAACACAUCCACGGCCUCCUAACACACACACACACACACACACACACACACGCCUGACCGUGACACCACCGCAGAAUCAUUAUCGUUACUAUGCCGUUUAUUCCACCUUACAACAUUAUGCACCAUGAACAUCAAUAUUAUUUGAUUUGUGAUCUGCAUUUAUUUGCAUUUGCAACCUACUGAAUUGCACUAAACGUGUCAGGAGCUUAUAUUUUACUCUAAAAAUCAAUAGAAAGAAAUAAGACAUUUUGUUUUGCAUUUUGCAUGAGGAGAAAACGUUUUUUGGCCCACAGGAUUUUUGCAUCGUGACAUUUCCCUGCAGCUCUCAUUAUCGUGACUCAUCUAGACAUUUGUCUUUGCUGAUUUGUUUGCUAUUCUCAUUAUCAUCAGACGUGAUUUUCAUUCGAUUCUCAUUAUUGAAACACACUCAUUUUACUGCAGUACAAGGGAAAUGUCUGUAAUUUUGUAUAAAAAGAAGCAUAAAAUAAAUAUGGUACACAUGCAACUACGAUGCAGAAAUACUGCUAAUUAGGUAAUAUUGUAAUUACGCUGCAAAAAAUGAUUUUUUAAUCAGUAUUUUUGACUUGUUCUUCAGUAC